GAAUUACAUACACUAAAUUAAAUGUUUUCUAGCUUUGCUUUUAGAGGCAAUCACACCCCCAACCCUCGCCCCCACCAGACAGAAAAUAAAGAGGGGCGGGUAGGGACCGGUGUGGAAGCUGCGGCCGCGCGGCGAUUCUCGGACGGGCUGGCCUGCCACCUAGCGGUGGGCUGAGAUCGAGUUCGCGGCCAUGGGCGGUGGGCUCGCCGUUCCACCUCCCGGGCGGCGGUACCCUGACCAGAUGCUAGGACUGACAGAAGGAGGGCACCUUCCAAUGGGGACGGCAUACAACCUCCAAAGUUUUGACAAGAGGGAUGAAAAUCAGAAAGGCCUCGCUGCUUGCCCAUCACUCAGCGAUGAGCAUCUAUUUGCACUAAGAAAAACCACAAAUAACCCGCUUCGAACACACCAUCUUCCUGUCCCUGUGGCCCUUCUUAGGGGAAGUCGGUAGUGGAAGGAUGCCACCUAGGAGCUCAGGGGCUUUGGGACGUACAACUCUGUUUUACAGUUGAGGAAACAGGUCCGACGAGGAGGCUUGUUAGUGGUGAGUUAGUGACUUAACCAGGACCAGAUUUUAACUUCUGAAUUUCAUGUCAGUGACUGAAAGUCAAAGGCGGGUUUAUCUCAGCUCCUUUGAAGUAUUUAUGAGAAAGGAGCGGCUGCCAGAACCAUGAGUUUAACCUCUUAGGCCACCUUUGUUGCCAGUGUUCAUUGGAAACCGCUCCCCAGCAGUCUUGGAGGAUUUUUUUUUUUUUAAAGAAAAUAUGGCCUAAGAUUUUCGGUAAUGACACGAAAGCCUAGAUGGUGCUGAAGGGUGCGGGUCUCGGAGCUCGGGGGUUUGCGUGUUAAGAGGGGGGUUAAGGCCUGGACCAAAGACUUGCAGGGCGAGCCUCGAUUCUGAAAUCGCUCUCUUCCCCUUCCUAACAUCCUCUGCAUAGUAGCCUGGCGAGAAACCGGGUGUGUGUGUGUGAGGGGGUGGGGGUCAUGUGGAUAGGCCAGAAUUUGUGCCACAACAGUUCCUCCGUAAAGUUUUCUUUCUCCGAGCUCGUGACUUAAGAUGGCAAACGCGCGUCCGCAUGCUGGCGGCCCCUAGCGGCAGCAGGCGCGCUCUGCAGGGGGAGACAGCGCCGUCUCCCCCGCCCGGGUCGGCGGGGAUCGAGUUCGGCCUCUCCCACUGCGGGAGCCGUCGGAGGCCGCGUCGGAGAAACGCGCCUCUGUUCGGACUGGAAACGAAUCUGGGAACGAGUGUGAAGCGCGGUCAAGUUUGACUCAUCGCUUUCCAAGGACAGUUAGUGCCUUCCAUCUUCAUUAACGUGAAUAAGGACCUUGGCUGACUUCUUUCCAGAUCGGAUUUUUAAAGGCAUUGUUUGCUUGAGGAGAUCAUGCUUCUCCCCUCCCCCGCCAGCCUUUUUGCAAAGGCUGAGCCCAGUCCAGCCAGGACGGCCGAGGGAUCUCUGCUCCGGGACGCGAUUUGCUGGCAUUGUCUUCGGGCCCUUCUGGAGGGCUGUCUCGCGCUGAGCGUAUGGGGAACGUCCCUUCUGCAACUCCUCUUCAGAUCUUGAUGAUAAAACACAUCCCUCUGUUUUACUGCAUUUCCUAGAAGCUUGCAGGCUUGCAAGAGCACUGUUGGCAGGAAACGUGAUAGAAAUGAAAGUCAGGACACAAUGUCCCCGAACACCUCGGUUAUCCAAAGCGGCUGCCGAGGCCAUCGCGUUAUCAAAUUCGCUUUUAUUUACUGUCGUCUCCUGCACCCUCCCGUUCCCCAGCCAAGAGGGCGAAGAGUGUUUUCCCCCAAGAAUAAAAACAGCUCCGCGAUUUGACCUCACCCCCUGCCGCCGGACCACGGUGGUGUCUGCAGCCGUGCAGCUAGUUGGCUGAAACACUGCUGAGACCGGGAGCCCCACGGCAGGGCCCCUGAUGCGGGGUUCACUACGGCAGUUCCAGCCUUAUUAAAGUUCCUUGUCCUUGUCCCUAAACAGUGCUUUACACUUUCAGAUUUCCCUUUGGAUUUUUCAGCGGGUUAUUGGAGUUAUUAGAUUACCAAUAAUCCAACAGCCUCUCUAGCCUCUCUGGCUGGAGAGGAGGGGGGAAGGGCGGAAGGCAUUCUCCAAAUCGGGAGGCUCUGGCCAAACUAGGUCAAUGGGAAGGAGGGGAGGGGCGAGAAAGGGGUUGACGGUUUCAAACCUUGAUGGAGGGCUCUCUCUAGCGUUAGGCAGCGGUAAAAACACCAUUCGGUUUGAGCUCCCGGAACCACGGGACUCCUAAUUUCCAAUAAAUGCAUUUACUUCAUUUUAACUUCCCAGAUUCUCAUCCCUACCCCAUAUUAAAUCCCAACCGUCUCUUUCACCUUUAUCCCACCGGGCGAACGGGUGAGAAAGCCUCAAUGUAGGAUUUUGAGGCCAAAGGCUCGGUCUUUGCAGACCGACUCUGACCCUUCCGCUUGCCGCAGAAGGGAUGAGCGGCGCAGUGUGACGCCACUGGCUAGUUUUAGGACCAGACUGCGGCCUUUGUGGCUGAGUCUUUCGCUGUCCCCUAGCCCCCGAAAGCGCACCCCGGAGCCUGCUACCGAGACCAAUUAGGACAUGGCACCCGGGGGUUAUAAUUCCCGGGAGGGCCACAGGAAGGCGAGGCAACUUUGGAGAGUGCCAGUGCGCGCGCAGGGGUCGGGGCCCCGGCCUUUGCCGAGUCCAAGCUGUGUCUCUACGGUUUCGGGGAAAUCGGAUUCGGAAAUCCUUACGGCUUGGCAGCUCCUAUUCUAAAGACUUUGGGCGGAAACCAAGUGGAGCUGGGUUCCCGUUCUUGCCAACGUAGGCGGAAGGGGCUUUCUGUUUAGUUUUUCUCCAACCUUGCCUGGGGCGCCUAUGAUGGAGACACUCAGCCCCUAGGGACUCCAUCUUUUGACCUUGAAGUCUCGCUCAAACAUUCCCCUAAAAGAACGGGGGUGAGGGAGAAUGGAAGGCAAAAAGAGGGAAAAAAGCAAAUAAACUUCGGAAUCGGACAACUUAAAGUCUGGAUAUGAGCCUCGGAUUGUAUUCGAACUCCUGGGUUCUAGACCCAGCUCUGCUACUAACUUGUCUGACCUUCCCCAUUUAUAAACUGUUGCGGGUGAGAGGUUGGACUAGGUGAACUCUGAGAGCCCUGCACUCGGCGCGGACGAGGGAUUUAGGGGAAAGUGUGCUGUAUUCCCCGCGAGCCUUCCCCAGCGGCCCCGCCUCCCCGGGUGAAUCCCCGGCGGCCAGCGCAGCGCAGGCAGCGAUCCUGGCGGCUGCCGGGGCCCGGCAGCUUCCUGGAAAGUUACUUCUUGUUGGAGCCGGCGAUAGGCAAAGUGUGUUCUGUGAAAUCCGCAGAGCCGAGAUUGACUACGUUCCGGGAAUGAGAGGGCUGUGUCAUUCCCCUCAUUGCUUGCUGCCUUGACGGCGUAACAGGAAAAAAAAAAAAAAAAAAAAAAAAAAGGCAUGCACACAAUGUUAGCUACCGAGGUGCACGAAAAGUUUUAUUUGAAUGUAACUAAAUUAAGGGCCGCCACGGUCAUACCACAAAGCCUCCGUCGCGCCUUGCGGGGGGCUUCGAGGUGGAUCGCCCAGGGGCGGGCAGUCCCUGGAAGACAGGUUUUGAGCAAAAUUUUGGACUGUGAAGCAAGGCAUUGGUGAAGACAAAAUGGCCUCGCCGGCUGACAGCUGUAUCCAGUUCACCCGCCAUGCCAGUGAUGUUCUUCUCAACCUUAAUCGUCUCCGGAGUCGAGACAUCUUGACUGAUGUUGUCAUUGUUGUGAGCCGUGAGCAGUUUAGAGCCCAUAAAACGGUCCUCAUGGCCUGCAGUGGCCUGUUCUAUAGCAUCUUUACAGACCAGUUGAAAUGCAACCUUAGUGUGAUCAAUCUAGAUCCUGAGAUCAACCCUGAGGGGUUCUGCAUCCUCCUGGACUUUAUGUACACAUCUCGGCUCAAUUUGCGGGAGGGCAACAUCAUGGCUGUGAUGGCCACGGCUAUGUACCUGCAGAUGGAGCAUGUUGUGGACACUUGCCGGAAGUUUAUCAAGGCCAGUGAAGCAGAGAUGGUUCCUGCCAUCAAGCCCCCUCGUGAAGAGUUCCUCAACAGCCGGAUGCUGAUGCCCCAAGACAUCAUGGCCUAUCGGGGUCGUGAGGUGGUGGAGAACAACCUGCCACUGAGGAGCGCCCCUGGGUGUGAGAGCAGAGCCUUUGCCCCCAGCCUGUACAGUGGCCUGUCCACACCGCCAGCCUCUUAUUCCAUGUACAGCCACCUCCCUGUCAGCAGCCUCCUCUUCUCCGAUGAGGAGUUUCGGGAUGUCCGGAUGCCUGUGGCCAACCCCUUCCCCAAGGAGCGGGCACUCCCAUGUGAUAGUGCCAGGCCAGUUCCUGGUGAGUACAGCCGGCCGACUUUGGAGGUGUCCCCCAAUGUGUGCCACAGCAAUAUCUAUUCACCCAAGGAAACAGUCCCAGAAGAGGCACGAAGUGAUAUGCACUACAGUGUGGCUGAGGGCCUCAAGCCUGCUGCCCCCUCAGCCCGAAAUGCCCCCUACUUCCCUUGUGACAAGGCCAGCAAAGAAGAAGAGAGACCCUCCUCGGAAGAUGAGAUUGCCCUGCAUUUCGAGCCCCCCAAUGCACCCCUGAACCGGAAGGGUCUGGUUAGUCCACAGAGCCCCCAGAAAUCUGACUGCCAGCCCAACUCGCCCACAGAGUCCUGCAGCAGUAAGAAUGCCUGCAUCCUCCAGGCUUCUGGCUCCCCUCCAGCCAAGAGCCCCACUGACCCCAAAGCCUGCAACUGGAAGAAAUACAAGUUCAUCGUGCUCAACAGCCUCAACCAGAAUGCCAAACCAGAGGGGCCUGAGCAGGCUGAGCUGGGCCGCCUUUCCCCACGAGCCUACACGGCCCCACCUGCCUGCCAGCCACCCAUGGAGCCUGAGAACCUUGACCUCCAGUCCCCAACCAAGCUCAGUGCCAGCGGGGAGGACUCCACCAUCCCACAAGCCAGCCGGCUCAAUAACAUCGUUAACAGGUCCAUGACGGGCUCUCCCCGCAGCAGCAGCGAGAGUCACUCACCACUCUACAUGCACCCCCCAAAGUGCACGUCCUGCGGCUCUCAGUCCCCACAGCAUGCAGAGAUGUGCCUCCACACCGCUGGCCCCACGUUCCCUGAGGAGAUGGGAGAGACCCAGUCUGAGUACUCAGAUUCUAGCUGUGAGAACGGGGCCUUCUUCUGCAAUGAGUGUGACUGCCGCUUCUCUGAGGAGGCCUCACUCAAGAGGCACACGCUGCAGACCCACAGUGACAAACCCUACAAGUGUGACCGCUGCCAGGCCUCCUUCCGCUACAAGGGCAACCUCGCCAGCCACAAGACCGUCCAUACCGGUGAGAAACCCUAUCGUUGCAACAUCUGUGGGGCCCAGUUCAACCGGCCAGCCAACCUGAAAACCCACACUCGAAUUCACUCUGGAGAGAAGCCCUACAAAUGCGAAACCUGCGGAGCCAGAUUUGUACAGGUGGCCCACCUCCGUGCCCACGUGCUUAUCCACACUGGUGAGAAGCCCUAUCCCUGUGAAAUCUGUGGCACCCGUUUCCGGCACCUUCAGACUCUGAAGAGCCACCUGCGAAUCCACACAGGAGAGAAACCUUACCAUUGUGAGAAGUGUAACCUGCAUUUCCGUCACAAAAGCCAGCUGCGACUUCACUUGCGCCAGAAGCAUGGCGCCAUCACCAACACCAAGGUGCAAUACCGCGUGUCAGCCACUGACCUGCCUCCGGAGCUCCCCAAAGCCUGCUGAAGCAUGGAGUGUUGAUGCUUUCGUCUCCAGCCCCUUCUCAGAAUCUACCCAAAGGAUACUGUAACACUUUACAAUGUUCAUCCCAUGAUGUAGUGCCUCUUUCAUCCACUAGUGCAAAUCAUAGCUGGGGGUGGGGGGUGGUGGGGGUCGGGGCCUGGGGGACUGGGAGCCGCAGCAGCUCCCCCUCCCCCACUGCCAUAAAACAUUAAGAAAAUCAUAUUGCUUCUUCUCCUAUGUGUAAGGUGAACCAUGUCAGCAAAAAGCAAAAUCAUUUUAUAUGUCAAAGCAGGGGAGUAUGCAAAAGUUCUGACUUGACUUUAGUCUGCAAAAUGAGGAAUGUAUAUGUUUUGUGGGAACAGAUGUUUCUUUUGUAUGUAAAUGUGCAUUCUUUUAAAAGACAAGACUUCAGUAUGUUAUCAAAGAGAGGGCUUUAAUUUUUUUAACCAAAGGUGAAGGAAUAUAUGGCAGAGUUGUAAAUAUAUAAAUAUAUAUAUAUAUAAAAUAAAUAUAUAUAAACCUAAAAAAGAUAUAUUAAAAAUAUAAAACUGCGUUAAAGGCUCGAUUUUGUAUCUGCAGGCAGACACGGAUCUGAGAAUCUUUAUUGAGAAAGAGCACUUAAGAGAAUAUUUUAAGUAUUGCAUCUGUAUAAGUAAGAAAAUAUUUUGUCUAAAAUGCCUCAGUGUAUUUGUAUUUUUUUGCAAGUGAAGGUUUACAAUUUACAAAGUGUGUAUUAAAAAAAAACAAAAAGAACAAAAAAAUCUGCAGAAGGAAAAAUGUGUAAUUUUGUUCUAGUUUUCAGUUUGUAUAUACCCGUACAACGUGUCCUCACGGUGCCUUUUUUCACGGAAGUUUUCAAUGAUGGGCGAGCGUGCGCCAUCCCUUUGUGAAGUGUAGGCAGACACAGGGACUUGAAGUUGUUACUAACUAAACUCUCUUUGGGAAUGUUUGUCUCAUCCCAUUCUGCGUCAUGCUUGUGUUAUAACUACUCCGGAGACAGGGUUUGGCUGUGUCUAAACUGCAUUACCGCGUUGUAAAAUAUAGCUGUACAAAUAUAAGAAUAAAAUGUUGAAAAGUCAAA